AGACUUGUUGCAGUACGGCAACGCUAUAACGCCAAGUGUCAGUAUUUUUGUGUGGAAAUUGGUUUAUUUUCAUUGCUAUCGUACAAUCAUUAUUAAGCCAACGAAUUUUUCCAUAAAAGUACCAACUUGUUUAGUCUGUAAAUAAUUUCACAUUGUGCUUUAAUCGAUAAGUGCGCUGUUGGUAAGUGCAAAAUUCAGUAGGCGAAACUAUUUUCAAUAAGCACGCAGUGUCUAAAGCAGUACAAGGAGUUUAAGAGCACACAAUACUUACAUUGAAUUCUAACGCAGUCUUUGUGCGCAUAGCGCUUGUGAAACACAGUGAUGUCACGCAAUUUAAACAAUCCACCCGUUGGGCAUCGUGAUUAUGGCGCUACGUCGAGUAGCACCAAUGCUAUUAUGCCAGAUGUGAGUUUUUCGGGUUUCAGUCCAACUGAAUUCAUGUCGCUGAGUGAAGAUAUUGGACAAAAUAUCAGUGCUGUAAAUUCAAGCUCACGACAAUUGGAGAAAAUACUUAAAGUAAUUGGUACACGCCGUGAACAGCAGGCUACACGUGACAUGGUACAUAAUAUACAUGCCGAAGCAAAUACGCGCAUCGAUACGAUCAGUCGUGAUAUACAAAGAUUAACAGCAGUUGUUAGACGUGGUGACAAACAACAGAAGCUGCAAUUGGAGAAGUUGACCAAUGAUUUUCGCAAUGUUGUGGAGAAAUAUUCAUCUGUGCAGAAGCGAAUCACUGCGGCUAUGCGUCAAAGUAUUGAACAGUUGGGACAACAACAGGAUGAGCAAGCAGAAGCAGAGCGUGCAGGAUUUCUUCAGCAACAGGAACAAAUAACAGCUGGAUUACAAUUCGAACAAGAUAUGCUGGUGGAUCGCGAACGUCAGCUGCGUCAGAUUGAAGCUGACGUGCUGGACGUGAAUGCGAUCAUGCGCCGCGUUUAUAAUAUUGUACAAACUCAGGGUGAACAAGUUGAAAAUAUCGAAAAUAGCGUUGAAAACGCUGCUACGGACGUGGAAUUGGGACGUGAGGAAUUAGCUAAGGCUUCACAGCAUCGUCGUAGCUAUCGUCGCAAAAUUCUAAUACUUUUAGCAAUCGCUGUGAUAAUAGGAUUAAUUGUGACGGGCAUUAUUGUAGCAAAGUUAACUAGUUAAUUUGUUAUACUUAUUGUUUGUAUGUACGUGUUUAAAUGUUUAGAUGAUUACAGCUAAAUAAUAUGUUAUAUUGAAAAUUCAGUCUCAAAGGACUACUUUUUGGUGAACAAAGUGGGCCAACACGCACACAAUUAUAAUUACGACUAUUCGCUUUUUCGAGAGACAUGUGGUCAACUAAUAUUUUGUAUUAAUGUAAAUGUAUGUUUAGUAGUGUUGAUAAUAAUAUAUAAAGAUUUAAGAAAUCAUAUAAAAACAAAUGCUACAAACGAAUGAAAUACAUAAAUAUGUUUAACCAAUAAAUAUAUAAUACAUAUUCGCUUCUAUAUAAACAGAGAAGCGAAGAAGAAUAGAGAAGGAGCAAAUGUUAACUGAAAA